GCAAACAUAAAUGGUAUGUAAUCUCCUUUCACCCCCAUAACCUCCUCCUCCAAAAUCAUGAAAUAUUUGUAAUUAGGGCCUUAAUCAAGCUUAAAAAGGAUAGAGAUAUCAUAUAAAUAGAAGAAAAUCCAUAUCAAUUGUGAUACUUGGUGAGCACAUAAUAACAAAUAUACCAAUAAAUCACAAAAAUCUUAAUUAGCCAGCAAAGCAAUACUUACUAAGGUGGUUGGUUGGGUGAAAAGCUUUAAAAAGGGGGUCAAGAACUUCAUUUGGUGAAGUCAAACUCAAACUUGAGAUUUUUCAAAAACCCAAAACCCAAAACCAAAAACAAAAAAAGGGCAAAUGGGAAGUUAUUUUGGUGAUCAAUCAUCAAACAGAAACAUGAGAAAUAAUAAUAGUAAUAGUAAUAGUAAUAGUAAUAGUAAUGAGAGAUCUGGUAAUUCUUCGAUUACCAGUAACUCGCAAGCAAAGAAAGGCAAGAAUAAUAGCAAUAAUAAUACGAGUAAUAAUAAUAACAAUAAUAAUAACAAUGGCGAAAAACCUAAACAACCACAACGAGGGCUUGGAGUUGCGCAACUUGAGAAGAUUAGAUUGCACACUCAAAUGGCUAAUUGUGGCUUAAUCCCUCAUCAUCAAAUUCCUCACCCUUUUCUUAAUUCUUCAUUUCAGCUUCCGGAAGAUAUGAUGAGGUUUCAAGUUAGCUAUCAUCAAGGACUACAACCACCACCACCACCACCACCACCGUAUUGUUACGCGUCGCCUUCGGUGCCACCAUCUGCUUAUGGACAUGGUUACCAUCAUCCCAAUGCUUUCAUGAUGGGAAUGGGAGAUCAUAUGGAAAGGACAGGCAACAUAAGAUUUACUGAAUCUCAAUCAUGCAAUACAGCAAGAUGGAACCCUAAUAGCAAUGCUCGAGUUAGCCGGGAGAGCCAGCCAUACACUCCACAACCAGCAGGCAUGGUCACUAGGCACCUUCUGAGCCAUGUUGAGCAACAAAACCGAGAGAACAAUUCGAUUGAAUCGAUUGAAUCCAGCAGCCAGAACACUGAUGAAUCAAAUGAAAAUGAAGAACUGGAUUUGGAGCUUAAGCUGUAGCAGAAUUUAUAUAAUUUUCGCGGUUGUAAUUUCUUAUAGUUAUCAGUUUUAGUAUUUUUACUAGCUCUAGUCACAAAAUUAACCACAUAAAUUAUCGUUAGGUAUA